UAAAGAGGACCAAAUUAAAUUAGGAGGGGCAUCUCCCAGGAAAUAACAGGCUCAUUUUCCACAAAGUGGAAAUCCUUAAGUGACUACGACCACGUCAGGGACCAACGCCUAGAGCGCAAGCACUAGGAGCGGGGGCUCUCCUCGAGGCCACCCGAGAGCCAGCAGAGAAGAGCAACGUGGGUCAGAGCCAGAGCUGACUCUAGCAUUCGGCUUCCUUCUUUAGAAGUGGGCGAAUCUUUGAUAAAUAGCCCCAAAAGAUUGAAUAAUUAACCAAAGAGACUUUUAAACUAGAAGGGCUAAAUAUUUUUAACCUAUAUCAAGUAAAUUUUGCCAUUUGGAGAUAAGCAUUUUAAUGCAAAUAGAGCAAGUAAUGCUGACAACUCUGUCAUAAAUUUUGAUCCCUUUCCAAGACCAGGCCAUGCAAACUAAGCUUUCUGCGAUCUGAAUCUCUCCUCCCUUUGCCGCCCUCUCUCUCUGCACCAGCCAGACAGCUUGUCAUCACCUGGUUUCUGGCUUCUGUUACUCUUCCCUCUCCAGGAGUCGCUACGCACCUUUCAAAUCCUACCUGUCCAUAAAGUCCAAUUCACUAUUUCACUUAUCAAAUCUUUCAGUUCCUCCCCAUUGCCAGACGCUGUGCCAGGGAAAAUCAGUGCAGGAAGAGAUCUUUCACUGUCAGCUAUGAUGGGGGGGCUGCUACCACACUCGGCCUCCUCUCAUCGACCAUCGUAAAAGCUGGAGCAAUUCUGUAAACCGAAGCCCAGUGCCUGGAUCCUUGGGAGAAGGAGUUCACGGAAAUAGAGAGGUGGUCAGAAGGAACGACACAAGAGAAGAAAGCAGAAUGUAUGAAAGAACAGGUAGGAACAUCUACAGUUUCCCAAGAACCUACACGGAUGGAGAAAUCUACAGACACAGAGGAGGACAAUAUCGCUGGACCACUGUUUAUGAACAAAACCACUCAGUUCCCAUCAGUUCACUUGGAGGUGCUCCAGGAACCCGAGGAGACAUCCGAAGCAGCUCGUGGUUCCAGUUUGAAACCAUCUACCCCUAAGGGGAUGACCCCACCCUCAUCAUCACCUCCAGCAGCCGUGUCACCCGAGUUUGCUUAUGUCCCAGCGGACCCAGCUCAGUUUGCUGCUCAAAUGUUAGGUAAAGUUGCAUCUGUUCAUUCUGAUCGGUCUGACGUGUUAAUGGUGGAUGUGGCCACGAGUAUGCCUCUGUUUUCCGACGAGGUGCUGAGCUCAGAGGCUGCUGAAGAUGCCCGGGUGGCCACUCCUGCGUAUUCUGCAGAGGGGGCAGUCCUGCAGGUUCUGAGCCAAACAGCUGUCCGUGUAGAUUUGGGUUCUAAACUUAAAGACGAUGAAGCUGAACCAGCAGCAGCUUCCUCCUUCCCCUUGCAGGAUGAACAAGACCCUCCUGCUUACGAUCAAGCUCCCGAGGUCCCUUUGCAGGCUGAUAUUGAGGUCACCUCAUUCAUUCGCGUAUCGUCUAUCUAUAACAAUGAGCCUGUGACUGAAGGAGUUACUUAUGUCGAGCAAAUACCAGAACACAUAGUUAUCCCUUUUACUGAUCACAUUGCUUCUCUUAAAGCAAACGAGCCACCACUUAGUCCCAUUCCUGUAGCACUCGCCACAGGCAUGUCCGAGAAACCUGUAGGUUCGGUAAAACCGCUGGAGGAGGAUGCAAAUUAUUCCUCAGUACAUAUGGAAGCAGAAGCAGCCAUUCUGCUCCCUGACCCCUCUUUGAAAGGUCAGUCUGCACAGUUCCCGGAUGCACAGGGCUCCACCAAAGCAGUAGGCUCUGAAAAACCUCUGCACGUUGAAACGGAGUUCACUGCCCUAGUCCCUGGCAACCCUGCGCAGGAGUCCCGGGGAAACUCUGCAGCCCAGGAGAUGGAGGCCAAACUCGUGCUCUCUGGGGAAGCUACCACCGCAGGGCUCUCGGCUGCGCCGGGAAGGGCAGCUGGCGGUACCCCCGCUCCUGUUCCAGAACCCGAACCACAAGGGGAAGCAGCACUCGCACAAGGUUUGAUGGAGCCAGCCAUAGCAGCAAGCGAAGCAGGACAACCACCACCAUACUCUAACAUGUGGACCCUUUAUUGUCUAACUGAUAUGAAUCAACAAAGUCGCCCAUCACCGCCACCUGCACCUGGGCCUUUCCCCCAAGCAACCCUCUAUUUAUCUAAUCCUAAGGAUCCAAAGUUUCUGCAGCAGCCACCGAAAGUUACUUCUCCAACUUACGUGAUGAUGGACGACAGCAAGAAGACCAGUGCCCCACCUUUUAUUUUAGUAGGCUCGAAUGUUCAGGAAGCUCAGGAUUGGAAACCUCUUCCUGGACAUGCUGUUGUUUCUCAGUCAGAUGCCUUGAAGAGAUACGCUGCAGUCCAAGUACCCAUUGCUGUUCCUGCAGAUCAGAAAUUCCAGAAACAUACCCCAAACCCCCAGAAUGGUAGUCCUCCUCCAAGUGGACAAGAUGUCCCCAGGCCACAAAGCCCAGUUUUUCUUUCUGUUGCAUUCCCAGUAGAAGAUGUAGCCAAAAAAGGUUCAGGAUCGGGUGACAAACGUACUCCCUUUGGAAGUUACGGUAUUGCUGGAGAAAUAACCGUGACUACUGCCCAUGUUCGCAGAGCAGAAACCUAAAAAUGAUGCUGGAAACGAUGCCGUUUGAGCCAACGUUCAAGGUGGAGUCCGCCACCGAGCGUACUUGGUCAAUAAACCUCAUGCAAGCAU